AUCCUCGACGCCUCCAUGCCUAGCGGUUGGUUUAACCUUGAGACCGCUGGUGGCGCCAUACCAGAGACGCAGUUCUUCGAAGGCGACUCUGCGUUCAAGUUUCUCGGCUUAUCAAGAACAACAAGGUUGUAUGGCUUUAUUGGAUGCCUUGCAGUCGGUUUCCUGUUAAGCAUACUAGGAAGUAUUGUCCUCUUUGUCGGUCAGCUGGGUCUUUUCGCAGUACUCUACGUGUUGGGCACCAUUGUUUCCCUCAUAGGAACCGGAUUUCUCAUUGGCUUCUUGAAACAACUAAAACUUAUGUUCAAACCUGUUCGCGUCGUCGCGUCUAUAGUCUUCCUUGCAUCAAUAGGUCUCGUCUUUGUCGGAGCUUUUGUGCUGAAAAACGAAGUACAUCCGUCCAAGCGAACCAAUGAACGCCGUUUGCUGACUUUUUUUUUAACACCUUCAGAUUUUAUGCUUAAUUUUUGUCUUUAUCGAAUACCUGGCUUAUAUUUGGUAUACACUGUCGUACAUCCCUUACGCGCGUGCCGCAGUCACGAAGGCCGUCGGGUUGGGCUAAGGGUUAGACUUCGCCAAUACAACGCGCUCGCCGUGACGACUAAGGAAACAAAUAUAAUACCGCGGAGCUCUCGCUACAAUUCUGAGGGCCUGAAGUUCAUCUAGGUUGAGUGUUUAUAGAGCUGUCACCAAGCAGGAAACGGAACUAAUUACCCUCUGUAAUUAUUCUUUUGCUUUCUCAACGAGUCCAUAAUUUCACUCUCGGAAGUAUGACCUGA